UUCUUUCUAGUUUUCUCAUCGUUUACCACAGCAUUCUGCAACUGAAUCAAUUUGUCAAGUUUAAUAUUUUAAAUGGAAUCGAAAAAAGCAAUAAUCCUCAUCCUUGGCCUUAUGGCUAUGGUUCUUGUUUUCUCCUUUGAGGUGUCAGCUAGAGUCCUCACUGAACCAUCCUCCAAUACCAAAAUGGAAUAUGUUGAAAAGCUGAAUGAUGACUACGGAGGUUAUCCGAUGAAUGGUGGUCUGGGUAAUUCUCUGCCUACUGGUGGUGGUCUUGGUAAUCCUCUGUCUACUGGCGGUGGUCUUGCUCAGAGUUUUUUGCGUGAUCGUCCUAGUGUUGGUGGUAUUCGUAAUUCUCUGUCUAAUGACUUUGAUCUUCUUCUGGAAUUUUUGCGUGAUCGUCAGGGCCGGCCCGAAGCAGGUGCAACCUGCUCUAAUGCACAGGGCCCCCAAUAA